ACAAACUACACAACUAUCCUGCCACCAGCACCCUUGCACCCUGCUCACGUUUGGACAACCUUGCGUGUGUUCGCGUUGAUUUGGUUUGGAAUCUACGACACUUUCUUCAGUCAUGGCCUAGAUUACAUCGUGCAAAAAAUUGCAGAUCCAGAUGGCAGUCUGCUGCCACUCUACGACGUGUCCACGCGCAAUGGAAUAGCUGCUGUGUGGAUGGUUAAGGCAAGAAUUGUAACUAAUACUAGCUCUCCGCAAGAAUCAAUUGAUCAGGGACAGGGAGCACUUCUAAAUCCACAGUAAUAGCUGUUAUUUGAUGCUAAAUAAAAGUCACCUGGACGCUGACAAGAUGUGGGCAAGGGCAAGGGCAAUCUGAUACAAGGAAGGUCACGGCUCUAACACCACGUUUUGCAGUCUGGUUUGGGCGAUGAAUGGACCACUUGACUUCCCUACCUUCUGGGGCAAAGAAGUCGAAAAAAUAGAAUAGCGACGAGAGACCCAAAAAUAUGAGUGUGAUGAAGCUUCCUUGAACUUGAAAAAUUUUGCAGACGUAUUUUGCAGAUGCAUUCGUUGCCUUUUGCUAAAAAUUUUCCGAUGUCGAUUACAUUACAUUACAAGUUUUUCGAUGAAAGUUUCCAAUGUCGAUGUUCUGGACAAUCAAGAAGAAGAGUCAGAAUCUCAAUUGAUGCA